CUUCUUACUUAGGGCUGCAUUCGAGCCGGGACAAGAAAAGGUUGGAACGAUCUUGUUUCGAUCUUGACACUUUCCUUCUCGUCUUGAUCUCGAACUCAAAAACUAGUAUAAUUUUUCAAGUACAUAAACCAACUCGGGACGUGACGUUUCAUGUUGCUGAUUUAUUGGAGAUUGAUAAAACGUACACAAGAUUAGUGCUCAGUGACGGCACCAUAAAGAAGCCAAUCGCACAACGAUGGAGUGAUGUUCUUGAAUUUUUUAAUAUUAAAUUUCAAGACGAAUUGCCAGUUGGAUUAUACACUUUGAAACUCAAAUGGUUAGGACAUGAAGCAAAGAGUCUCAGAGGAUUUUAUCGUGGUAUUGAUCAUGAUUCGAACGAUGAUGAAAAAUAUAUGGUGGCGACACAUUUCCAACCAGCUGCAGCUCGCAGGGCUUUUCCAUGUUGGGAUGAACCUGCAUUCAAAGCAGAAUUUGAAAUUUCGCUGAAACAUUAUCCCAACUAUACAGCUUUAUCAAAUAUGCCAGUAAAAAACCACAUAGAAACAACAGAUGGAAAGAUUUGGACAAACUUUGAAAAAUCUCCCCCAAUGUCAACUUAUUUAGUGAGUUUUGUAAUUGCUGAUUAUGAGCAUGUCGCAAAUAAUGUUGGAAAUAUCACAUUUUGGACAAAAAAGGAUCACAAGGAUGAUGUAAGACUGGCUUUUGAAAUAAGUCAAGCAGCAUUAAUUGCAUUGGAAAAAUACACUGGUAUACCAUAUUCACUUCCUAAGCUCGAUCAAGUAACUAUCCCUCAAUAUUCUUCUGUUGCUACUGAACAUUGGGGGAUCAUUAGCUAUUUCACAUAUGGAGUUUAUUUCAAUUUGAAUGAAAGUAGUAUUUUAACGCGAGAUAACGCAAUCCAAUUAACAAUACACGAAGUUUCUCACCAGUGGUUUGGAAAUUUAGUAACACCCGCUUGGUGGAACGACCUUUGGUUGAGUGAAGCUUUCGUCGUAUAUUUUUCAGCAAAAAUAGCUGAUCAGAUACUAAAUGAUUGGUAUGGGAGAGAUUUAUUCGUCGUCGAUAUUAUGCACAAAAUAUCUUUUCCAGCAGAAUUAUCAAUCAGAAAUCCUCGGCCAAUUAGAUGGAAUCCUGACAACCGAUCAGAAGUUUCAGAAAUAUUCAAUAAAGUGACUUAUCGAAAAGGAGCAGCUAUCGUUUACAUGAUCGAAAAUAUAUUAUCUGAAGAUGUUUUCCGGGACGGAAUAAGGAGAUAUUUACAAAAACAUCAAUUCAGCACGGUAACAACCAAUGAUUUAUGGCAAGCUCUUCAAGAAUCUUACGAUGUAAGUCGACUUUUUCCCAUUUUAAAUAUCAAAGAAAUAAUGGAUCCAUGGGUAGAACAAACAGGCUAUCCAAUUUUGAAUGUAACAAGAGAUUAUGAAACUGGAAUUACAAAUAUCACUCAAUCAAAUGGAAUGCCCGCUAAUCCAGAUAACUUAUGGAUGGUUCCGUUGACUUUUACAGAUAGUUCGAAACUAAAUUUCAACCAUACGCGACCUACACAUUGGUUAGCACAAUCUCGUGAAAAUCUCACAAUUUAUGGUAUCCAUAAAGACGACUGGGUGAUUUUUAAUAUUCAGCAAAGUGGUUUUUAUCGUGUUAAUUAUGAUCACGAAAAUUGGAAACGUAUAGCUGAUUAUUUGCAUACUAAUAACUUUUAUAAAAUCGAUGCCAAAAAUCGAGCGCAAUUCAUUGAUGAUCUUUAUUAUUUUGCUGAUAUCGAUGAUCAAUAUUAUGAAAUACUGAUUGAUGUUAUUUCAUAUUUGUAUAGAGAAACAAAUUAUCUUCCAUGGAUACCAACAUUAGAAAUAAUUGAAAAGUUCAACGGUUUAUUGAUGAAUACUCCAAGUUACAAUAUCUUUGAAAAAUUCAUGUUACAUCUUUUGAAUAAUAUAGUUGAGUAUGUGGGUUUCGAAAAUAAUAAAAAUGAAAAUCAUUUAGUUCAACUCGCUCGACAUCAUUUGUUACCUUGGGCGUGCGCUUUCGGUCACGAAGAAUGCAGGUCGGUUGCUCGUGAUAAGGUUACAGCACAUCUGGAAAAUCCUAGCAGUAAUGUAAUUGCUCCAAAUGAUGAAAGUUGGAUUUAUUGUAACGGUCUCAGAGCUUCUAAUGAAAGUAUUUGGGAAAAUUUUAUGAAUGCACACCUUGCUAAUCCUCUUGAACAACCAGGAUUUCAAUAUCUAGGAUGUACUGAAAAUCGUCAUUUGAUUGAAAAAUAUUUACUUUUAGCAAUUGCAGAUAAUUCUACACUUUUAACAGAUCAAGUUUCUAACGCUUUUAUAUCAAUUAUGUCUGGAAAACGAGAAAACGUUGAUUUUGCUUUGGAUUUCUUCAUCAAUAACAUUGAGAAAAUCAGAAAAUAUCAUGAUGUAAGAGACAUGUCAAAUCAAAUUGAAUGGAUAGCGGAAAAAUUUAGUGAAAGUAUAAAAAACCCAGAUCAAUAUAAUAAAUUUCUAGAGUUUGUUACAAGUCAAGAGGACCAAGGAAAAAUGUCAUCGACGAAUACUUUAUUGAAACAAGCUAGAAAUACUAUGGCAUCAAGUGAAAAAAUAUCAUCAAUAUUUCAUGCACUAAUAGAUUCAAAGCCUUCACUUUUUAAUCUUAUACAUGGGCCAUUGUAUUCAAAUAAUAAGUGAUUAAAAAUAAUAUCUAUGCAACAGAUUUAUGUCAACAAAUACAACCGUUAUAUUUAUUAUGAAGCAACUGUACCCUUUUAAUAAAGUAUUUUCUUCGAUUUUCUGUAGAUUUAAAACUAAAAAUUAGUUCAUUUGCAAAG